CCCGCGGUGCCACAGUGCCAACGGCAGCUCCUCUUGAGAAAAGCGAAAGCCAACGCCCCAAGCCCGCGAACCCUCCCUCCUUCCCUCCCUCCUUCCCUCCUUCCCUCCCUCGCACAGCACAGCUUUUGGCGGAGCUUCUGUGGUCGUGACUGAGCUCAACAGGCACAUUUCGCGGAGAAGUGGAUUCACCCGACGAGAAAACGAUCUCACGGCCAACGCAGCGGAGCUCUUUUCCUUUCGAGACUAGUUCGUUUUUCUUCUUCUUUCAAACUGUUUUCGUCGGUUGCUGCCGACGAGGCUCUUAACACGACGAUUACACGCGUGAAAUAAGUUAACGUUAGUUGUUAUAGAAUGGCUGACACAACCGCGUCCAGCGCCGGUGCCAACUGCUUGGAGAAGCUGACAAGUUACGUGAAGACCCCGAAGGGGUUCAUCCUCACAGCAGAAAUAUUCGUCAGUUUCAUCAUCAUCAUCUGCUAUGGCGCGUCCUACACUGGAGGCUACUCCUCCCUGGCCAUCUGCGAAAUGAUCUUCGCGAUGGUCUUCUUCGGCAUCUUCAUGAUGGAGAUGGACAAGCAGUUCCUCGUGGUCAACUGGGUCUGGAGCGACCUUUUCCGCGCCGGUAUUGGCGCAGUCCUUUACCUCAUCGUCUCUCUGAUCAACGUGAUUGGAGGGUCCGGGGACGGCGCUCGUAUUGCAGGCGGGGUAUUUGGUUUGAUUGCUAGUCUGCUGUUUGCCUAUGACACCUACACCAUCUACUUGCAAAUCAAGAGCACCAGGCAGCACACGGCAGCUUCCACCGAUGACAGAGUUUAAACACUGCAAGACACAUGUGCUUCUGCCAAGAACACAGCAGGAAAAGGAGGAAUCUAUGCAGGAGUUAACGGAAGUCAAGAAGGACGAUGGUCAGCACAAUAAACCGGUCACAGUUUAAUAAAUGCCACUGUAUGGUGUGAACAGACAGAUUUAUUUUCGGGCCUGAGAGGAGGAUGACGUAGCCCAAAUGAGUGGUACCGUACAUCUGUGCCUGCACGUCAAAACUAAAUGUCUGCAACGAGAGGAAUUCCCCUCAAAUCUUUACUCCAACCUCAAUGUACCACUGAUUUAAAAAAGGGAAUAAAGUAAUUAAUAGGCAAUGGUUGUCAUCAAUCAGCUUGUUUAAUACAAUUGUCUAUUGUUUAGUGGACUUUUGUAGGAAGUAGUAACUGCCAUUUCGACUUUAGAAGUAACUGACACAUGAACGGGGUGGUUAAGGAAUUGUUUAACGUCAUAAUAAUGUACCUCUUGAGUGUGUUUCCAGUAUUUCCAGAGAGAUUUCUCAGCUGGACAAAUAUUUCCUUCUCCAUUAUUUAAUCAUUGCUCUUUAGAGAGCUCCCCAUGUGUUACAGUGCCUUAGACUCCUAGAAGUCAAAUUAACCAGUUUCUUUAUCUUAUAGUCUUGAAGCCUAAACAUUUGAAGUGUCUUCUGUCAUUCGGCACCAAUCUUUUUGGCUGUUUUUGUAUUAAUUUGAGUUGAGUCUGCCUCAUUUAAGAUGCGUUACAGUUCAAUUAACCAUCAACAACAUGUUUGUUAUUUUAAUUACAGUGUCCCCCAUCUGCUUUGAUUCUUGCUCAGGGUGUUUUUUUCCAUUUGUAAUACAUUUGAAAGGUGCAGAAUACAUGUUGACGUUUUUAUACAGUCCAGAAGUAGGGUCCAGUUUCUUUGCUUCACGUUUUGGUUUUUAAAGCGAAAAGAAAAAUCACAAUUUUAAUAUCUUCUGUAACUGUUUCCUCUACCAAUUGGUUGUUAUUUGUCCAAGUAAAACAUUGCCUCACAAUUUUUUUUUUUUAACAUGCUUUACAAGAGACUGCAGUGAAAUUUCAAAGUUCAAAGCAGCCUUGCUUUGAGAAAUAAAAGCCAUUGUUACUACAAAGAAA